CAUAUGCAGCAGCUUCAGGUGCUCCAAUACGCGUUGGUUUCUGAAUCAAUGUCUUAAUAAAAGAGGAGAGGAAAAAACGUUAUUAACAAUUAAAUCUCAUCGUCUAACAUAAGUCCAAAGACAAAAUAAAUGCAAAAUAUGUUUUGUGAUUUAUGGUAUUGUCUAGCGGUGUUGGUUUGAUAGCAGGGAAUCAUCAACAAGAUUAACUUUUAUGUUUUCGACAACGUUUUCCUUCAACAGCAGACAUCCCUUUCCCUCUCAGGGUAUCAUUCUAAAGUAUAAACUCAUAUUUUAGCAAGUUUUAUUUUGGUUUAAAUCUCUACCGCUCUUGUGCCGUUCUGUGCCGUUCAUCGGGCGCCACCUCCCGUGCCCCUGAUCCGCUUCAGUUCUGGGUCUCAAUCCGACAGGGCUCGUGAGCGAAAUUACCCCGGAUCAUAACAACAGGUCGGUUCCAUUACUUUUUCCCGGGACAAUGGACGGCGUCGUCUCUAUUCACUAAUACACAGAAACCGAUCCCGCGAAGAGGAGGAGGACGAAGCGCAACGAGCGACGAGGGGUGGUGGUGCGGUGCGGACGAACAAGCGAGCGCCUGGGAAAACGUGUAAAAAAUGUUUAUUUAUCUUACCGGAUCAUUUUGGGCCAUUGAGUGAACUCCGAACCGCGGAAAAACUCCGAACCGCGGAAAAUUGCUUUUGAGAAAAGGACUAGUCUAGUCUAUGUUCGAAAAGAUAUCCGGUACUUUUCUGCACACAUUUCAUGCAUUUCAAUGACAUAUUUUCGUAAAAUAUGUACCGAAAUGAAGAUAUCUCUCUAUUGAUUAUCAACUAUAACCUUAGAGGCUCUACUGCAUUAUUUUAAUGUGUACUGUAGGCUAGGUGUUAAUUUAGGCUACAUUAGGUAUAUUGCACUUCCAUAACUAUUUGUCACUCAGUAGUAAAAUAUGACAGUUAUAGUUUUGGUGUAACGGUUUAACUUUUGGAGAUCAGUUUAAAGUACAAUAACCUUUGCAUAACAACUACAUUAUUUUAUUUUUUUUUGCCUGAGGCUCUGCGCAGGCGCUCUGCCUGCUUGCUGUCGCUAAAACAUUUUUGUUCACAUUGGAGACUUGUCACAAGUGACGUCAAUCACGGGGCUCUGACCAAUUAGAAGUCGGGGUGAUUGUUUAGCUCCACGGGCUGCAGCGCCUACCAUGAAUCUCUAUUCACUAUCAAAGCGUCCUGCUGCUGCCGGCCAACCGAAUGGGAUUCCAUGCAGCCACUGAGAUAGAAUCACAACUUUUCAACUUUUUUAAUAUAUGUUUUAGUUUGUUUUUCUAUAUUUUUCAUUGCAAUUAAAAUAUAUUUGUCAUCAUUGUUAUUUUGCCUGCUGUCAAGUUAUUCUAGAAUUAGGAGUAAUGAACAUGAAUGCUUUGGGAAGCCCUAUGAUGGACCCUACGAUUUCCAAACGGAACACGGCGCUGAGAUUAGUUGACUUGGUAGGGGCGCACCACCAUCACCAUCAUCACCACCAUACCCCUCAGAGCGUGACAGGCUUCCCGGGGUUCAGCAGCCAUCCACACUCAAUGGCUCACUCGCACCCUGGGGAGAUUACUGCGAAACCCCGCCUGGGGCCGAGUCCAUUUGGGCCAGAACACAUGGGGCACUCCGCGGCCCUCAAAAUCAGCCCAGCCCAUCAUUACCCACACCACCAUCACCACCACAAUCAUCAUAUGGCAGGCCACAGUGAAGUGGUCUCCAGUCAAACGGGAGCUUUUGGCCCGGUGCAGGCGGCGACCGUCCCUUAUUCCAUGUCCCACACGGCCCAGGCGUUAUCCGCAGCCGCAGGUAGGGAUUUCCUCAUUCGGAGGGAUCUGACAGCUCAAGCCAUGCCGGUACUGACCGACCAGAGCCCCGGUUCAACCUCUCAUCACGGAAUGUUUGUCUCAACAACAGGUAGCUAUCCUGGACACUACGGUCAUCACCCUGAUGCUGGUAGCCAUGCCCUCUUCUCCGGACUCCACCAUGAGCAGUCAUCUAGCGGAGCACCAGGUGGCCAAGCCAUGAAUGGACAAAUACGGUUAGGAAUACCUAGCGAAAUGUACGUUAGGUCUGAUCACUUGAGUCAAGUGGCGAGCUCCAGGGCUGAUCCGUUCUCCGCCUCGACAUUACAUGGCUACGGCGGUCUGAACCAUCUGAACAUGAACCUCGGCGCUCAGCAUCACGGAGCCGGUGCAUUCUUCCGCUACAUGAGGCAGCCAAUAAAGCAAGAACUCAUCUGCAAGUGGCAUGAACCGGAACUGUCGCCGAAGAAACUCUGCUCAAAAACUUACAGCACGAUGCACGAGCUGGUAACUCAUGUGACGGUGGAGCAUGUCGGUGGCCCGGAGAUGGCUAACCAUAUCUGCUUCUGGGAAGAGUGUCCCAGAGAAGGAAAGCCAUUUAAAGCCAAGUACAAACUGGUAAAUCAUAUCAGAGUGCACACCGGAGAGAAACCAUUCCCAUGUCCUUUCCCCGGCUGUGGAAAAGUAUUUGCUCGAUCGGAAAACCUGAAGAUCCACAAGAGGACUCACACAGGUGAGAAACCCUUCAAAUGUGAGUUUGACGGCUGCGACCGACGUUUCGCCAACAGCAGUGACCGGAAGAAGCACUCCCACGUGCACACCAGCGAUAAGCCCUACAACUGCAAAGUGAGAGGCUGUGACAAAUCCUACACACACCCCAGCUCGCUCCGAAAACACAUGAAAGUCCACUGCAAGUCUCCGCCACCGAGCUCUGGCUACGAGUCAUCAACCCCGUCAUUGGUGUCCCCAUCAUUGGACUUAGGCCGAGAGCCAGGGUCUUCGUCGCUCUCGGAACCAGCAGCCUCGUCCCAGCCCGCCAAUUUAAGAGAGUGGUACGUCUGUCAUAGUUCUGGUGCCAGCGGCAUUCAGACACCCCCCAGCGGCUCCUCAAGCCCUGAUUCCGAGGAUGAGGCCCUCUACAGACACCCAGAGCCAAGGGACGCGUUCUAACCAAAAUUGUCCCUGAAAAUAAUAAAAAAUAUAUCCAAGCUAUUUUCUAAUACGCCCAUGGACUCAGAAAAUAAACAUCUCGAGAAGGUCUAUUUUCUAAUACGCCCAUGGACUCAGAAAAUAAACAUCUCGAGAAGGUCUAUUUUCUAAUACGCCCAUGGACUCAGAAAAUAAACAUCUCGAGAAGGUCUAUUUUCUAAUACGCCCAUGGACUCAGAAAAUAAACAUCUCGAGAAGGUCUAUUUUCUAAUACGCCCAUGGACUCAGAAAAUAAACAUCUCGAGAAGGUCUAUUUUCUAAUACGCCCAUGGACUCAGAAAAUAAACAUCUCGAGAAGGUCUAUUUUCUAAUACGCCCAUGGACUCAGAAAAUAAACAUCUCGAGAAGGUCUAUUUUCUAAGGCCCAAAUCAUUCAAUGCACUGGCAUAUCGACAAAAUAAGAAACUGCCAAAUUGUAGUUUUGUGAUCGCUUUCUUAUUUCCCCAUGUGGAUGAGUAUGAACAAAUAUUCUGUAAAUUUGUUCAAAUGUCUCGUGCUGGUUAAUUGUAUGUUUGUAUGUUGUUGUAUUAUUUUGUAAAUCGAGUUUUGAAUUCAAUAUCUUUUUAAUUUAUUUUUUGAAUCUGACAUGAACAUUUUUGUAUUUUCGAACCAAAGUGUUUUCAAUAUGAAAAAUAAGUGAAUGUACAUUUGUAAAAUUGCUAAAAUUCAAUGUGUUAAUAACAGUAAUGUUGUAAGCUUUGAUCUUUCAGCUAUUUUAAUUGUUUGCUACUCUUAUUUGUAUAAAUUAAAUAAUUGAGAAGUUUUGAGUUUCAUACAGACAUAUUUUUUCCUAUUGAUUGUUUUCAGAUAGUCUAUUUGAUAUUACAUUCAUAAAUGUUUGGUCAACGUGGUCAUUUUGUGAUUUGGUCAUUCUUGUCAUUAUUUGUUAUUGAUGCAUUUUCAUAAAAAUGUUGUCCUACCGAGAAAAGACACUCGAAAUGUGUUACCAACUGCGUUGUAAUUUGUCAGUAUUUUGAAUAAAUCCUGUAUGAUAAAAUUGCUA